UUACGGCUGGCUUCACCCAAUUCCGGCAAACUACAUAAAAACCUCUAAACAUUUCGCCUCGGGAUCCUGCGGCUCUGCAACUACUCUGCUUCCUUUCCAUCCUCCGGUCUCCAUUUCUCUCGAUUUCCAAUUUUCUUUUUUCCCCCGAGCAAUUCAUCCAAGCUCUCAUGCGACCUUCCCUUGCGGCGGUCCUUCGUCGGUCUGCGAUCAGAAGGAGCAGGGCCUCCGCGCGCUUCGCCAGCUUUGCAGCCGCGGAUAAAGAGAGUAGGUCCUCCGAUCGCGACCUGGGACAGGUCGGGAGAGCGGUUGCCAUGGCGCUGGCUGUUGGCGCGUCGGGUCUUGGCGUCUGGUUGUUUCCUUGGUCCUCAUCGUCCCUCGGUUCCUGGCUUUCCUUCGCUGACUCAGAUUUACUUCAGAACGAGCAGGUCUGUCGAAAUGAAGCACGGAUGGAAAAGAAGCCAAGAUAUCUUCUUGCAGAUUCAUACCGUAGAAAGGUGUUUUUCAAAUAUGAGAAACGCAUAAGGAUUCUGAGCUCUCCUGAGAAGAUUUUCAAGUAUUUUGCAUCAAGCCAAAACUUGGAGGGAGAACUUGUUAUGAAGCCUGCUGAUCUGAUGCGGGCAAUUGUUCCUGUUUUUCCUCCAUCAGAAUCCAACAUAGUUAGAGAAGGAUAUUUGAGAGGGGAGCGAAAUCCUGGGGAAUUAUAUUGCAGUCCUUCUGCCUUUUUUAUGCUUUUUGAUACUGAUAGUGAUGGACUUAUAUCUUUCCCAGAGUACAUAUUCUUUGUCACCUUACUUAGCAUUCCUGAAUCAAGCUUCAGUGUUGCUUUCAGAAUGUUUGAUCUUGACAAUGAUGGAGAGAUAAAAAAAGAUGAAUUCAUGAAAGUGAUGGACUUAAUGCGGGCUCAUACUAGACAAGGGGCUUCUCAUAGAAAUGGACUGGAGAUUGGUCUAAACAUUGGUGGUUCUAUUGAGACUGGAGGUCUGAUUGAGCACUUUUUUGGCAAGGAUGGGAUGGGAUCCCUCCAGCAUGAUAAGUUUGUUCAAUUUCUUCGGGAGUUGCAUGAUGAGAUUGUGCGCUUGGAGUUUGCUCAUUAUGACUUCAAAUCAAGAGGAACUAUAUCGGCUAAGGAUUUUGCCUUGUCAAUGGUUGCUUCUGCAGAUAUGAACCAUAUAAACAAGUUAUUAGAUCUUGUGGAUGAAUUAGAUAGUAGUUCUCUUAGAAAUAUACACAUUAGCUUCGAGGAAUUCAAGGCUUUUGCUGAAUUGCGGAAAAGAUUGAAACCAUUGUCAGUGGCCAUCUUUAGUUAUGGAAAAGUAAAUGGUUUGUUGACAAAGCAAGACUUCAUACGUGCAGCAUCUCAUGUCUGUGGCAUCUCUUUGACUGAAAAUGUAGUUGAUGUCAUUUUUCAUGUCUUUGACACAAACUGUGACGGAAACUUAAGCUCAGAGGAGUUUUUAAGGGCUCUUCAAGGACGCGAAACUGACAUACAGUAUCCUAGCAACACAGGCAUCAUGGGGCUCUUGUCUUGUUGGUUGCGUUGCACAAGAGACUGCUCCUCGUCGCAAAUGUUUAGCUUUGUGGUAGAGAAAAUCUUAUGAAGAACUGAUUCAUUAAUUUCUUCACUUGCAUAUUGUAGCAUAUAUACGAUCUUUGUGUUGGUUUAGUUAAUCCUUUUUUAUGCUCAUGUUAAAAAAAAUACUACUCAUCUCUAAAAGCGUGUACCGUAGUCAAAUUGUUAGAGUUGUAUAAUCUGAUCCAAUAUACGAAUUCUGGCAUUUAUCAUUUUGGUUGGUGCAAUAUAGAUAUUAUAUUAUGCAUUUGCUUUA